AUGCUACAGUUACAGACACAGCCCCUCCUGGCGCAGUCUCUCUGAUUCUCUUUGCCUCUCUGCUUCCAGCUCUGGGGGUUUUCAGACAAGUGCAUCUCCUAAUCAGGUCACAUUUCAUCUCGGACCCACCAUCCAUCUCUUCCCCCAGUCAUUUCGGUGGUGGAGGAGGAAGAGAGAAGGAGACUUUGUGCUGCAUUGUGUUGGGAGAGGGAAGGAAAUUAAGGCUAAGAAAAAAAUUAAAACCCCCCCCAAAACAAAGACUAACCAACCCCAAUCCAGAUCAAAGAUGAGCGCUGGGGGCUUUGGGCUGCGGCUGCUGCUGCUGCCCCUUCUGCUCAUUGCCGCCCCUGCACCGGGCUCGGCGGAGGGAGAUUCUAAGGGGGUCAAGGAUGGCGAGACCCCUGGCAAUUUCAUGGAGGAUGAGCAAUGGCUGUCGUCCAUCUCCCAGUACAGCGGCAAGAUCAAGCACUGGAAUCGCUUCCGAGACGAGGUAGAGGAUGACUACAUCAAGAGCUGGGAGGACAGUCAGCAAGGAGAUGAAGCUCUGGACACCACCAAGGACCCUUGCCAGAAGGUGAAAUGUAGCCGACACAAGGUGUGCAUCGCUCAGGGCUACCAGAGAGCCAUGUGUAUCAGCCGGAAGAAACUAGAGCACAGGAUCAAGCAGCCUGCCCUGAAGCUCCAUGAAAACAAGGAAGGUUUUUGUAAACCAUGCCACAUGACCCAGCUUGCCUCUGUCUGUGGCUCUGACGGACACACUUACAGCUCUGUGUGCAAACUGGAACAGCAGGCCUGCCUGACCAGCAAGCAGCUGACAGUGAAGUGUGAGGGUCAGUGUCCUUGCCCCACAGAGCAGGCCCCAGCCUCUACCACAGACACUAAACAAGAGACCUGUACGGGACAGGACCUAGCCGAUUUGGGAGACCGCCUGCGAGACUGGUUUCAGCUGCUUCACGAGAACUCCAAACAGAACGGCAGCGCGGGCACUGGAGCCAACCCUGCCGGCGGGCUGGAUAAGAGCCUGGGAGCCAGUUGUAAGGACUCCAUUGGCUGGAUGUUCUCCAAGCUGGACACGAGCAAUGACCUGUUCCUGGACCAGUCUGAGCUUGCAGCCAUCAAUCUGGACAAGUAUGAGAUCUGCAUCCGUCCCUUCUUCAACUCCUGUGAUACCUACAAAGACGGCCGCGUCUCCACCGCCGAGUGGUGUUUCUGCUUCUGGAGGGAGAAACCCCCCUGCCUGGCUGAACUGGAGAGGAUUCAGAUCCAAGAAGCAGCUAAAAAGAAACCUGGCAUCUUCAUCCCCAGCUGCGAUGAGGAUGGCUACUACAGGAAGAUGCAGUGUGAUCAGAGCAGUGGCGACUGCUGGUGUGUGGACCAGAUGGGUCAGGAGCUGACGGGCACCCGGAUACACGGGAGCCCAGACUGUGAUGACAUCGUUGGGUUCUCUGGGGACUUUGGGAGUGGCGUUGGCUGGGAGGACGAGGAGGAGAAGGAGACGGAGGAAGCUGGCGAAGAAGCUGAGGAGGAAGAGGGCGAGGCCGGCGAGGCAGAUGAUGGAGGCUACAUCUGGUAGAAGCCCAGUGAGGGAGGCCUGGGGGGGAGGGGAUGCUGGGGGACUGACAUCUGGGAGGGGACGAAAAAACAGUGAACUGGGCAGAAACAGGACAGCUUAGUGCGUUGAUCAGGAAAACACAGUCGAAUGUAACUUGACUCCAGUGGGGAAGAAUGAAUGCGUGUGAGCGUGUGGCAUAUUUGUGGAGUGUGUGAUGGGUAUGUGUGUGAUGGGUGUGACAAGUGAGCAUGUGCAUGACCUGCAGCUGUGGGCAGUGUCAUUGAAUGAUGCCCCUCCUGGCAAACUGAACCACCAAAAGUCACCUCCAGCCUUCACUUAUUUGUCCUUUUUCUUUUUAAACACUACAUUAAAAAUUGAUGGGAUGUGAUAUUCUUUCCCACCCCCCGCCACUGACAAGCCUACCCAAAGCUAGAAGCUGACCCACCCACUCACCCCAAAUGCCCUGUGAUUGCUGUCAUGGACUAGUCUGUCCCUGGCUGCCAUUUAUACCAGGCCCAACUCCUCCAUAUACUGGGAUCAAGCAGCCCCUUGCCCAAGGUCCCGGCCUUUAUUCCGAAGGAGAAUGGUCCAUGGACCACCAACACUGAGCAGGCAAAUUGUUCUCAGGGUGUGCAUCCUUCCCAAAGACCUGGGGCUAUGACUCUUGAGCUGAUUUGGUGGUGAGACUGCCAACCAUAUUGUCAGGAGACUCAAAAAGGAGGAGAAAGCCAUCCACCUGGGAGCGGGCCCUUCUGACAGCUCAGUCCUUGCAAAGCCAGAGGACUUUUUCCAGCCCAGGUUGUGGGGGGAUGAGGGGUGGAAUGGGAGAGAAGCUCCCAUGGCUACUGGAAGAAGUUUAGCACUGCUGUUUAAGAGAAGGCCUUGCCUACCCAACAGCCCUUACAAAGUUGUGGCCAAAGGUAUCAUGGGGUGGGCUCGGGUCCCCGUGGAUGAAUGCCCAAUGUCCCCAGACAGAGUUCAUGGAGACCUUUGGGUUGAGGAUGGGAACAGUUCUGACCUGUAGAUCAUAGGUUCAGGGCCUACCUUAUUCCUAUAGCUGUGAUUUCCCCUAAAGGUUCAGCUGGGGUUUAAAGUCGGGACUGCUUUUUUUGGGGGGAGCCCAAGAGUGGGUCAUUCCAUCAACCUUCCCCUCCCACUUCCUGCCCAAGAGCUGGGGUGGGUUACUUGUUGCCCCUGUACAUUGGCGUUGAGGAUGUUGGGUCUUGCUGGGAAUAGAAAUUAAACUACCCAGAAUGUGUCUGUAUCUUUUCUCUGGCCCCUUUACCAGAAUUCCACCCCCUCCUUUCCUGGACCAGUGAAAAUAGGCAAUCCUAUAUCAGCUUUUUGUUUUGUUU